GAACUCAAUGUAAACAACAUAGCAGAACGCCGAGUGUUCGCUGCGGGUUCAGUUGCCAGAAUCAUACCGAUAUGUGAGGAUUGUUUCGGUGGGGUGUGCGUAGUUUUGCAUAUGGGGACACAAAUCGGGCGCUGUAGCUUAGUACUCGUCUAGUAUACGGCCAGAAGCCGAGCGGAUCAAGAUACUUUGCCAAACGCAAAUGGACUAUUUAUUCUGCGAUAGAUGAAAUGGUGACGUCAUACUGAAAAUAAGAGUCGAACAUUUUGAAAUAUGGUGUGCUUCCGUAGUGCAAAUUAGUAGUGAUAACGCAUGUAGCUGUCUAAUCGCCUUCGAUAAGGUUUAUUGCCGCGAAAUCGCUUCCUGCCAUUACACCUGUAACUUCCGGUUAUCGCUUGACGAGUGAGGUCAUUCAUCAAAAAGUAUGGACCUGAACUUCAAGUGCCCGCUGUGUCCGCAGUAUUUUGAUACCCAGGAAGAGCUCUCGGAACACGUGCAGACGUAUCACGCUGCUUACUACGAUACCUAUUUGGCACCACCGUUGCUGAUCUUCCCCGGGGGAGAAUCCACGGCAGUAGUGGCAAGUGAAACCCCGGCUACGGUUAUUACCACGGAACCGGUCUCAACCGCAGAUGUACUAAUCGAACCGGCUCCGGUUCCAGACGACGGGUGCUGCGAGUGCGACUGUUGUGAUUGUUGUGGAGGCGACAUUGGAGCGGGAGGAGGCGGAGGCGAUGGAGGCUGUGGGGAUUGUGGGGAUUGCGAUUGCGAUUGUGACUGUGUGAUCAUGUAGCAAAAAAGAGAGUUGUCUGUAUUGACGCUUGGUAUUAGUUGGACAGGGAAAAAGUGCCAGAGAAGAAUUUCUUGUUUAGGUGCGCAUGAAGCCGAACGUUUUUCAGAAGUAUUUUUGUGCAUUAUACUAUUUUAACUGUUAUUUGUGCUAGUAAACUGUUGAAUACUCAAACUAACAUAGGCCAUAUGUAUUUAUUUAAAAGCUCAAAUAAAGCAAAUAACAAAUUUAUAUAUAAAUUUUUAA